AUGGAGGCAAGUAUUGACUACCUCCCAACGAAUUCCUCCCCGAAACCCAACUACAAACCAAGUUUCUACAGUUCCCUCGACCAGAUCAAAGGCAGUUCUGCAGUUUAUUCAACUAGAACGACUGGAUUCAAGUUGAGAGACCGCUGUCGUUCGGACGAGGAGACGACGGCCUGCCCAGAUGCGGCUCCCACAAAGCCUUACGACAACUCGUCCCGAUGGAAUAGAAUACCAAGUAGAGUCGAAGGGGCAGACUCCAUCCUUGAUAACUUCAUUCCCGAUGUCCCAGAUAACCCUCGACUGAAGCAUACCCAAGAACCAAGAGCAUGGGUAUCCGAACGCCACUCAACUUCCCAUGAUGAUGCACCAUAUCAGCCCCUCGGCGAUCGAGGGUUGAAUAAUUAUGAGCUCUAUGAGGCGCUCAAAAGCCAUCGUAUGAAAGAAGUGGACAGUCCUCCUUGGAAGAUGUACGAUAUCCAGAGAUUCGUCACGUUUAUUGUUAUACUGAGUCUUCUCAGAUAUAUCAGCAAUCCCAACGGUGCUAGUAUUCUCGCACUAUUAAGAGCAUUCUCGCCAUCACAAGCUGAUGACUUGCGUAACCUUCUGGCAAACUACCUCGAAAUUAGUCCAACUCCGAUAUUAUCUCUUCAGUUCUCUCAGACUACAAGGUUCUCUAUUUGCUUUAAUCUUCCAUUCCUUGUUGUGACAAGUCGCGAGUACGAAGACAGCCGCAUCCUUACGGGUAACCACUACCUUCGAGCACGCUACGACUUUUCUCUGUUAUUUCUAGAGACUCCCAACCCGCCUGUAAACCAGAAAGGGAAUGCAGUAUUCAGCAGUGGUGCUAUUCUUCAUCAAGUUGUCUACUCACUCCUGGUUACCGGUCACAACAGCAACUAUUGGGUCGCUGUCUGCCUGGAUGAAGACUUCUCCGGCAAAGAGUUGAGGUUACCCCACGGGAACGAGGGCGAAAAUAACCAUGCAGGUGAUGAUCCCAUCACAUCAGAGCCAUGCCUUGAAGUUACUACAUCUCCGCAAGCGUAUUCACUCACGGCUUUGACAAGACAGCUUCAGAGAAUUGUUUAG